UGCCCCACUCGCCCAAUUGUUUGCUCGAUAGCGCGCUGUGUGACAAAGAAAACAGUUCAGUAGCCGCGUGCCCCGCCUUAGCGAAACCUAUUAUUCAAGCAUCAAUCACCCAUCCUCCUUCUUCCUUCCCAUUAUUUCCCCCCAUUCACUCACCGUGGCAGCCAUUGUUCGACACAGAACAAUCAUGCCUGCAUUCCGCACACACGAUACCCCUUCUCAAUCACUUGAGGUGAUUACAGACGCCAUUCAACCGCCUACCCUGGCUAUUAUUUCUCCGACGCCGCGCGCCUUCACUUUCCCUGUUGAUAAAAGCGAAACCUGUCCUUACUCGUCCCCUGCUAAUUCUCCAUUUGAGCCAGAUCUCCGGAAGCUCACGCUCACCCCUUCACACCCCACGCUCGUUCGCACUCUUUCUCCUCUUUCCCCUUCAUCGUCCACUUCACAAGGAUCGACUUCGGUCUUCUCCUCCACAUCAUCAUUCACCUUAUCUUCUGGCCCUGGAUCCCCAUCAUCGCACAAACGCCGCAAGUCGUCGAUAUGCAGCGACAUCGAGCGUAGACCAAGAAAGGGUGACGAGGACUACAUCAAGCGCCCUGAAAAUGCUUUCAUCCUCUUCCGCAGGAAGUGCUGUGAGGAGCGACAACAAGCUCAAGAAGAGGCAGUAUCGGCAGCGUACGCUGAUGCCCCAACAAAGAAGCAGCGACAAGCAGAUCUGUCAAAAACAAUCAGCCAGCAGUGGAAAGCGCUUUCUGCAGAGGAGCGUCUCUACUGGGAAGAGCAGGCAAAGGAAAAGAAGAAGGAGCACGAGCAGAUGUACCCGAAUUACGUAUAUCGCCCCCAGCGGUCAAAGGACAAGAAGGGGAAGAAGAGCAAGCGAGGCGAGUUUGAACACGAGACGGAUUGUGAGAGCAGCAUCUCGUUUGUGCUUCCAUUGUCACCCCCGACAGCGAUGAAGCAUGGCCGUUCUGCGUCCGCUCCUACUCCCCCACCUGCUCGGCAGACAAUCCAAGUCCCGACGGUUUACAUGCCUUCGUGUCCGACAUCGCCGUCACUGUUACCAAUGAUCAGCCGCCGCGCGUCGCAUCCAGACCAUGGAAUGAAUUCAUCAGCGUCGCAGUUUGAUUUCUUGCCCCAACAGCAGUUUUCGCACCCUAACGCCUAUGUGUCAGGCGUUGAUGUGAGUACCCGAUUAAUGUCCGAGUUUGACGUCAGGCUGACAAGCGCUCUCAAGGCCAAUGGAUUCUACCAUGGGAUGUUCGAGAACCCCUCUGCGCCUCAUCCUCUGUCGAUUUCCACCGACAUGUCCAUGCUGCAAGCCAGUCAACAAAUGGUUUCUCCAGUAUCGUCAAUAGCGUCCGCUUCAUCCGGCCCGCAUACCGGCCCAUAUACGCCCAUAAACUGCAUGCCUUCCGCAUUCUCGUACCAUGGGGAUCUAGCGUCCUGCAUGAAUGAUGGAGAACUAGACUCGCCCAUGUCUGGAUCCCCUCUGGAUAACGUGCACUUCGGGUACCCCGAGUAUUCUUGGGAAGGACAGGGCGCAUGGGAAAGUCACAGCGACCUUCUUGCUGGAGACGAGUUUGACUUGAGUGCUAUUCCUCCAAUUCAGCUCGGUAUGCCAGGAUGCGGAGGAGAGUUGGCGUCCAUGAGCCAGCACCCGUCGGCAUUCAACAUUGACUUUGCGCCUGGUUCCUUUGACGCAUCGACGAUGGAGGUGCACCAAUAUCCACUCGAGGCGCAGGGGCACGAUACGUUUGAGCAGUUGUUCAAUUUUGAAAACAUGCUUGUGGCACCUGCCGGAUUCUGAUCUCUCAACCGAUGUAUGCGGGCAUCGUCGGUCUUGGACUUUAUUUUCAUAGGACACCUGUAAAAUCACCCUUCAUCACAUCCACAUCAACGUCCACGCGCUCACCUUUUCCUCCGUGAUAGAUCUUGGUUUUUGUGGAUACUAUGUUGUUGAAUUAGCUGUAAUUAUACAUAGGUUUUAUGUGCAUACUCACAUCGUUCCACGCACAAUACCCUUCGUGCGCUACCACAUCCCCCUCA